CGGGCCGGGCCGGGCGGCGGGGCGGGAGGCCGGGCUGGGCCGGGCCGGGCUGGCUGCGGGCGCGGGGUUUUCCCCUCCGGGAAGCGCCGAGAGCCGUUCUGUGGGCGCUCGCCUGCUAAUCAAGUCGUGUUUUGUCCCAGCCGGGAGCGGCGCGUCCUGGGCGAAGGCGGCGGGGCCUGCGCCGGGCGGGCGGGAUGGAGCUGACCCACCGGCUGGAGCUGUUCCCCGACUGCAGCGUGUCCCUGCUCCUCUUCAGCCAGGUGCAGAACGCUGCCGCGCUGCGGAAAAAGGCCCUGGAAGGGUCCAUUGAAGGCGCCUUAAUAAACCCCGCCAUGAUUGUAGAUCCUUUUCAAAUUCUCGUGGCAGCCAACAAAGCAGUCCAUCUACACAAGAUAGGUAAAAUGAAGACCAGAACUCUCAACGCAGAAAUUAUUUUCAGCCUUUCACCCAACAACAAUAUUUCAGAUGCGCUUAAAAAGUUUGGCAUUUCAGACAGUGACACAGCAGUACUCAUUGUUGUGGUUGUGGACAGAGGAAAAACUGUAAAUCUGGAAGAUGUAGCAUCUCAGGUGGAAGGCCAACAGGUUUCUCUAGAUGAACUUCCCCAACUAACAGACAUUGCCAAAGUUAAAAAGAUGUACAAAGUUACUCCACAGGAAGAAAAAAUCAGCACCUUAUUGGAUAGUAUUGUUUGCAGAAUGUCAACAAAAGAUGUUUUAUGAAUAUGUGGAAAUAAUUUUUUUAUUAAAGGAAAAUGAGAGCUUUUUAAGAUAUAAAAACAGUUCAUUGCCAUUCAUCCUGCAUUUCAGAGAAAGUGGUAUAGUUAGCCAUAAGUGAAGAAGCUUGGACAUGGGGUAAUCUGUGCUGUGUUGUAAGCAGAGAGAGCAGCUGUACCAGGCAGAGCACAAUUUGCCACUGGCAUUUCUGUCCAUUUCUGUCCACAAGAGAAAAAAACUGACUUUUGGCAGUACCUUAAGUUGAUCAUAAACAGAAGUCUUGGGAACCUGUACUUACUUUUCUUUUUCAUCAAAUAUUUUGCUGGUCCCAGACAGGAUUCAAACAUUGUAAAUCAUUCUUAACCCUUCCCUGAUUUGUUUUGGCACCCCUGAUGGAUGAUACCCUUUUAAUGAUGCUACUGCCAGAAGAGGCAUCUCUGGGGCACAAACUAUUGCUGGUAGACUAGAAAAAGGUAAGUUUCUGUAAACUAUCAGUGGCCCUUCCUUCUUUCUGCUAAUGGGACAGAGUCGCUGCCCACCCUUUGGGAGCAGAGAGGGGCACCAGGGGGGUGUCAGACUUGUGCAGAACAGUUAAUAAGGUCAGUAUGGAUGAUGCUGGGGUGGUGGUAGGACCUUACCCAUUGGAUGUCAUCAGAUGGUGUGUACUGCUGAGGUACUGGUCUGGUGUUGUGCUACAUAAGUGUUGGUGUUAAAGGGUAUUGAGAGGUGCUUUUACUUUAUAACACUGAAUUACACAUGGUAAAGCUGACUUCCUAGGGCCUGGUUCCUGGCAGAGAAUUCAGAGAGGAUUGUUCACCAUAGAUAUAGUCAGUUAAAUUGUCAAUAUAACUUAAUUAGCAUUCUGAAAGGAUGAUCGAACUCAUUUAGUCACCAGGUCCAAAAGCCCCACAUGAGUAUAGUUUAAUCACAUGCAGGCAUCCUGUUGAAGAAAAACUACUAUCCUAAUUAGUUAGAAAUACAUACUAUUUGUUAUUGUUAUGCUGCAUUGUUUUUCUGGGAUGUGUAUAAAACUGUAUAGCUGUCUGCAUUUUGGGUUUUUUUUCCCUAAUGUUCUCUGAGGUAUUGAAAUUUGCGUACUUGCAAAAUACUUGUCAGAGUGUGCCCCAGAUUCUUACACAUGGUGUUUUGGAAAACAAAAUAUGUUUUGGGGGAGAUGUAAAGUCCGAGUUAGACUUGAAAUGUUAUCCACUGCAGUAAGCAGACCGGCAAACUGACUUACAGACUGAGUAUUGUCUGUGUUUCUGUAUUUAAUAUGGAAAUCUGUAGCUUCUGUUUUCCAUUUUAAUUUUGGUUAAUUCUCAGUUAAAAACCAAUAGUGCAAAUACCAUCCUUUUCUUCCCAACAAAAUCAAUGGCAAAAUACAUACCAUGUCCCAAGGAAGUGACAAGGUUUAUUUAAAUAAAUUAUCCAGGAGAAAUGGCUGUGCUAAUUUAUUGAUUUAAAGAUGAUUUUACAGAAUGUAUCAUCCUCUCUAAAGGGAUUUGUGAGGCAGUAGUAAAACAUGGAGCUUGGAAGGACUUGACUCUUCUGAAAUAAAAUGGGUAUAACAUCAGUGUGUGAAAAUGACCAUGGUAAAUAAAAGACUUGUUUUCCUUUUCUGACA